UGUCUGGCAUCGUGACCCCUCCCCUUUGCGCCGAACAGAGAGUGAGAGUCGGUACGGCAUGCACGGGAAUACGUCCUUCUCCGAUACCCUACUCCUGGCCGAGGCCAACUUUGGCCCUUCGGCCAAGGACCGGUUCGACUUCACCCUCACUUUUGAGAACGCCAUCUUGUCCAUCAUUCCGUCGGCCAUCUUCUGCAUCUUGGCACCACACCGCCUCUAUUUGUUGUGGAGACAGCCUCAUAAGGUGGCCAAGAGCCCACGGCACGUCUUCAAACUGGUAUGCAUGGAGCUGUAACCCUAGCAGAGGCUUGCUCACCGUUAUGAAUCCCUAACUCGG